AAAACAACAAUGGCCGCAGUUUUAGACAGUGUGUGAGAACGGCAACAAAAUGGAAGGAAUAUUUGGAAGAAGAACCCCCUACAUUGAUCCUGUCAUCGAGGAAUCCGAGGAGGAAAAUUUUAAGGAAAAAGAUGAGAAAGAAGUGAUUUCGGACAUUGACCAGGAACUUGGUAUCAUUAAUGACGACGACGAGGAUGAACAGGAUGAGGAUGAAGAUGAUGAAGAUAUUGAUGAACUUCUUGGUGAAGAUAGUCUUUCCAGUGGUUUAGUUCCCUGGCAACCUGUUGUGGUAAAGAAUGCAAGGCCCCCACAUCCCCUGACUGUCACUCAUGUCAACCAGACCAUUGACCUAAUGAGCCUCAAAAAUGCAGAGUCUGUAACUGCAUCUGAGCUACAGACAUCUGAGGAAUGGCUGAAGUUCCACAGUCUGGAAUAUCUUCAGUUGACGCUCAAGGACUUGGUAGACAAGGGGAAAGUGGGGAAUUUACAACCAGACCAUAGAACAGGAAAGCCAUCACAGCACAUACAGUUUGAAGCUUAUGAUGUCAAUGAGUUUGAAUACCGCCUAAACACUUCCAUAGAGAUGUACACUAAGAGAAUCAAGUGGCUUCUACAGGGCAGUAAAAGGGUGUUUGGCAACAUAAGAGGAAAACGUGUGGCUGUUCUGGUAGACAACUCCGAUGCCAAUGCUGGUUUUGGACGAUUGACAACUUUUCAAGAGUCUAUGAUUCACAUGUUGGAUGAGCAGUUCUCCACGAGGGCAGCGAUUUACCUGAUGUCAUUUGGUACAGAUAUAGAUCCUCUUUGGCCAGUCUCUCGUGAUGUCAAUUGUAGAAUUAUCGAGGAAGCCAAGGAGUGGGUGAUGAGAAUGAAGGCAUCAGGUGGUUGUAACCUUUUGAAGGCGAUGAAACAUGUGAUGAAUAUCAAGGAUAUUGACUCUGUAGUCAUCAUACUCGGCAGUGUGCCCGACCAGAGCUCAGAGAUACUGUGUGACUAUAUCCAUCAGAUGGGAGUUGGAGAGGAGAAACCACUACAGACAGUGGCAUACGACUGUAGUAACCAUCUCACCAAUAUAACUCUGAGGCACCUGUCAGACGCAUCAGGAGGAAGUUAUCAUUGUUACACUGCUAGCUGUGAGGAGCAAAUAUACACGGGAACAGAAAUCAGUGUCAUACUGAAGGAGAUACAGAAGUGCCAGGAUGUUAUCAACAAGAUCAAAGAAAUGCGCAACGGUAUGAUGGGUAGUGCACUCAUCAGCAUCAUGAAUGAGAUCACUACAGAAGUAGCUAAGCUACCCCAGUCUCGGUUCCUGCCCCGUCCUCCAGGUCAUGACCUUCCACUACGUAUAGAAAUGCCAAAGUUUCAGCCUAGGACCUCUAUCAACUGGAUACAUCAGCAUGGCCUUAAAGCCAAGCGCCUAGAUCUGUACCAGGUCCUGGCUCCCAAUGCAUACUCUUACAAGGAAGAGUUCAUUCCAGUUAUCAAAAAGGCUGUCCAGUCCCAGGUCCAUGAGAAAGCCAUGGUACAGUUCCAGUGGCAUGAUGGGUCCAUGAAGAACAUUCAUGUAGAUAUGACCCAUCUGUUCGAGUACCAGAAACAGCUACAUGAAGUAGUCAGUCUGUAUGAGCGCCGCAUUAACUGGCUAGCGUGUGGCAGCAGGAGAAUAUUUGGAACAGUUACUGAGAAAAAUGUUGUGAUCCUGGUGGACCUUUCCGUGUCCAAUGUUAACUACCUGGUCCACAUCCAGCACUCCCUCAGACUACUGUUGGAGCAGCAACUCGCCAACAAAAACUUCUUCAACAUCAUCGCGUUUGGUAGUAAGGCUGUGGGAUGGCGUCCUAUCAUGAUGAAACCAACACCCGAGAAUCUUCAGGAUGCUUGGAGGUGGGUUCUGGACCUACAGUGUGGGGGAAGCAGGAACUUCUUGUCUGCAUUCAAAUUGGCCAUGGAGAAUGAGCAGGAGGCCAGUCACCAUAUUGAACCUGAGGGUAUUUACCUGUUCUCCAGUGGCGUGCCUGAUCAGACGCUAGAUGUGGCUUCAUCAUUCAUUGAACAGUCCACAUCGGGCAAAAAUGUCACAUUACAUGUGGUACUGUUCAACGUGGAUGACUACAACUCGAAUGGAGCCAUCCCUGGACGCUAUGCCAACAUCACAAGGACGUCGGAGGUUCUGAGGAAUAUGGCACACUGCAGCAAUGGGAGGUUCCAUUGGUUCAGAGAAACAGGAAUCAUUGAGAAUGAUGACAUCCAACACAUCACAGCUGAGAUAGACAAGGCACUCAACUUCUCCAGAAAGGUCCAGAUGCUUGUGGAGUCAGUCAAAAAGAAGUACAGAGACAGAUAUCAUCACCAAUACUUUGACCAGAUAAAGGCACUACCUGCCCCAGAGUUCUCACACCUGAAGAAUCGAGCCCUACCUGCACCAAGGCUGCCUAGUGAAUAUGUCAAACCAAGAAGUGCACGUGCUGAUUACGAGAAGGAGACUAUGACUUCACUUCGCCUUCAGCGACCAACAAGUGCUACUACAGCCCGGGAGGCUGCUGGUCGAACAUCGACGAGGGAGCGACCAAUCUCAGCCAAGGAUCCCAUGGCAAGGGUCAAAACCAAGAAAGUUGUCACCUCAAGUUUUUUCCUUGACAACAACAAAGGCCAAACUGGUGAUGGAACAGGUACAGUGUUCAGGAAGUAUCCGGCCACAAAGUCUGUUAGAAGAGGUGUCGUAGAUGUCACCAUCCCAGAUCAUGAGGAUGUCCAGACAUCCAAAGAGUGGUUGAGACUGUACAGCUUGUCAAAACUGAAACUCGACCUCAAUCGAAUGGUGUCAGGGCCAGACUGUAAACAUAAGGAGAACAGUGUGAAAAGUCUCCACAAAAACGUCUCUGCAAAGUAUUGUGACAUUUUCCCCACGGUGAACAUUAAAGGCACUAUAAAACACCUGCAGCUGCUUCCUCAUGAGCUGAAGGACUAUGAGGCACAAACGGAGAAAGUCUUACGGCGUUAUCUUAAACGUCUCCAAUGGCUCCUUAGUGGGAGUCGUCGGGUGUUUGGAACAUUGAUCCACAAAAAGAGUGUGAUCCUGAUUGACACCUCUGGGUCAAUGGAUCCCUACAUGAACGAACUGAAGAAGGAAGUAGCUGCCCUGAUCUGGGAUCAGUUGUACAGGCUUGGGGCCAGAUUUAACUUGAUGAGGUUUUCUGGUGACUGUGAGGUCUGGAGUAGAAGUAUACAGCCUGCAACACAGGAGAACUGUCAUAGUGCUGUCAACUGGACGUCCAGACUGACUGCUGGUGGUAACACCUGUACAUUAGAGGCUCUCAGGCUAGCUUUCCAGGACCCAGAAAUUGAGGCCAUUUACAUGUUAACUGACGGUAAACCAGAUUCCAGUACAACACUGGUGUUACGUGAAGUUGGAGAGAUGAACCUGAACAGAAAUGUACAGAUCAACACAAUCUCUUUCAAUUGUGCUGACAGCACGGCCAAUAAUUUCUUGCGAAUGUUAAGCAAAGAGACUGGUGGUCGAUUCCAUAAGAUCCAAAGUGACUUUGAUGCACAGUUGUUUGCACACAAACUUUUAACAGAGGGAUUCACUGACACAGAGUAUCCUCACCUUCCUGAGUUUGAGGGAGAUGACCUACGCAGACUUGGAGCAGAAAUAGCUUUGGCUCGACGCUUCCUCGCACAAUCUAGGCAAUACAGAGCGCUUUACCAGGCUAAAGUAGCACAAACUGAUAAGGUAGCCAGUAAUAAACCACCAGUGACUCCAUUUGUCGUAGGAAAACCCAAAACAGCUACCCGGUAAUCCAUAUUGGUGCUGAUGGGUAUCAUUUUAAAUGUGUGAUGCCAAGAAUCCGUCCCUUCAUUGUGCUAGUUAUUAACGAUGGAUAAAAGUGAUAUUUCAUUGAUAAUAUUGUCAUUACAUAUCAUCUCCUGGAUUGAUCACAGAGCCUUUCCAUCAAAUUGAUUGUGACUACAUACUAUUAGUACUGCUGACAGAGCUGAAUAGACAUAGUUGUACAAGAGACCAGUUAAUCCUCUCAGCAAGUUAUUCAGUAUGUGAGGCUGGCAUUAUACAUAUCUCCUUAGCAGAAACAACUUAGUGUAAGCUUGAAGAAUUUCCAGAGAUGACCAUUUAUACUCUGGAAAGAAUACUGCGUUGUUGUCCAUAUUUUAAAAGGAAUAAGCAUUUUCAGUAUUAGAUAUUUAUCUUUUUUUUUUGUAGUACAUUUUGUAUUUUCUAAUAUUAGCUUUGUUUUAAAAUGUCAUAUUGAAGAACACUUGUUUUGGCUUAUAGAAGGUAGUGGGGUCAUUUUAGUCUGCUAUGACAUGUCAUAUUAUCCAUAAUACAUGCAUGUUUGUACAGGUCAUACAUUUUGGUACAAAUAUACAUACUCUUAUGUAUUGUUUAAUUAGCACCAAAGCAUACUGGUAUACGAAAUUAAUGGAUAGCAAUGUAUACUAUGUUGUAAACAUUCUUAUUACAUUUAUUUUGAAGGCUGUUUUUGUCACAAGCAAGACACAUUGAUGAGGGGUUUUGAUAUGUACACAAAUUAAGUAUUUGUCAGAUUGUGUGCUGUAUGGCAUUGUACAGUAAACUCCGGUUUUCAAGAAGUCAGUCGGACCAUGAAAACAACUUCGUAGAAACCGGACUUCGUGAAACACGACCAGUCCUCCCUGUCUAAAAUCUCGAUAUAUAUACCGUUCACCAGCUGGCUAGCUAGGCCUAGCGUAAAUGUGUAAACACUAACUGUAUGAUCAGUAUUUAAAAACAACAAUCACUGGACAUUUUGUUAAACUUGUGUUACAUUUUAAUUAUUAUUUACAAAUUGUUAUUAACACAACGUAAGCUAAACGCAUGCAUUGAAUCAUAUGUACAUUAGCCUAUAUACAGUACACGUGUACGUAUCAGUUACACAGGAAAACAUACCGCGAGCGAUCAUCGAACUUUUUUUUUUUCAUACUUUCGUAAAAAAGUCAGUCAUUUGUUUCUGUUUUGAAGAAUAAUGACACUUGUCAGCAAAGUCAGAAAGUUUGGUGAUACACGCAAACAUUGUUUCAUCGACAUUCUCGCGUGACUCUACGAACAUUUUUAUUUUGUCAACACUGUCCAUGAACUCUACGAGAGUAGGAAUUUUCAAUUCAACCCCGGUAUCACUAUCGCUGUCCGACUCAGAGUCUUCCGAUUUGUUAUCCAUUUCGUGUAUAAAGUGACAAACAAAUGAACAGUGACUUGUUUUUACAGCGAUUUAUAUCGGGUAGGGUUAAUGAGUUGUUUUCACAGUUCGUGCAUACAGGUAAAUUAUCCCGUGGGGACCCCCAGACCAUAUCGCACAAAGCGAUAGUUCGUACAUAGCGACUUCGUGAAUACAGGAUUAAUUUACAAAGGUUUAUAUAGAGGCUCAGUAGGGGAUUUUUAAAGACUUCGUGAAAUGCGGUAUAUCGUUAAAUCCGACUUCGUGAAAUGUGGAGUUUACUGUAGUAUGAUGAGUAUUGCUCUCUGUUCACACUUAUUUCUAGCUCAUGUCCAGUAAUAAUAACUAUGAUGGUGUGAUUCUGCAGUCUUACUUAGUAUCAGAUCCAUGAUUAAACCUACUUAAAGUCUAUUUCAAUUUAAGCAAAAUAUGCCUGUAAGUAACGUUCAAGAAUCUCAUUUUUCCUUUUUGUUGAUUGAAAUGCAGACAUACAAAGCAAGGCAGUUCAUGUACAUAUUAGAAGUAAGUUAAUUAAUCUACUAGUAAAUAUUUUUACAUCUGUUCAUAUUCUUUCACUGGAGAUUUAUAAAUAUGGAAUAUUUUUGUUUCUUUUUACCACACCUAAAACAUAAUCUAUUUUAGUUUGAUACAUUAUUUUCUUGUUACAUAACAAUUGAUUUCUCAUAAUUUGUUAAUUAACCACCAUGGUUUUAUAUUUAUUACUGCACGUGAACAUGUAAGAGUCUUAAAUAAUUUAUAAAAGCUAAUUGGUUGUAAAAAUGUCAUACAAUUAACCUCUGUAACACUAAAAGUAAAAUGUUUAACAUUUAUUAUAUAGUUUAUAACCUUUCCCUUCAAUUGUGUCUUGCUCUGAGGUUUUCGUCAGUGUGGUUCAGAAUUGUUCCAUUGGGUAGCUGUUGCAUAUCAACCAUUUUUUUUAGCAAAUCCAAGCAGCCUGCAAAAUGCUUCAGCAGCCGAAAAUAUAAGGCUAGCUUGCAAAUGCAUGGGGCCCUUACAAUGUCUUAAUGUUAUAGAUGAGUGCUUAGCUACAUAGCUUACUCAUACUAUAGGCUAGCUUUAUAGGAUAGUUCUUUGUUCUAAACCAAAGAUUACAGGUCAUAACGUAACAAGUAUUAAAAACAUUCAUAUACAGUGUAAUGGGUAAUGUUUAUGCAUAUCAAAAUUUGAUAAUUUUGCUGCAAUAAGAGUGUUAAAGUACAUGUACAUGUAAGUGUUUUUCCUUUAUUUUGUAAAUGAAUUAUGUGAAUCAAUUAUACGUAAGUGUUUCCUGUAGGCCUAUAGUGUAUCUAAGUUAGACUACACAUUUCAUGUAGGCCUAUAGUGUAACUCAAUUAGACUACACAUUUCAUGUAGGCCUAUAGUGUAACUUGAUUAGACUACAAAUUUCAUGUAGGCCUAUAGUGUAUCUUAAUUAGACUACACGUUACAUGUAGGCCUAUAGUGUAACUUGAUUAGACUACAAAUUUCAUGUAGGCCUAUAGUGUAUCUCAAUUAGACUACACGUUACAUGUAGGCCUAUAGCGUAUCUCAAUUAGACUACACGUUACAUGUAGGCCUAUAGUGUAUCUCAAUUAGACUACACGUUACAUGUAGGCCUAUAGUGUAUCUCAAUUAGACUACACGUUACAUGUAGGGCUAUAGUGUAUCUCAAUUAGACUACACGUUUCCUGUAGGCCUAUAGUGUAUCUCAAUUAGACUACACGUUACAUGUAGGGCUAUAGUGUAUCUCAAUUAGACUACACGUUUCCUGUAGGCCUAUAGUGUAUCUCAAUUAGACUACACGUUACAUGUAGGCCUAUAGCGUAUCUCAAUAAGACUACACGUUACAUGUAGGCCUAUAGUGUAACUCAAUUAGACUACACGUUACAUGUAGGCCUAUAGCGUAUCUCAAUUACACUGAAAUCUCAGCCAUUUCUAUUGCCCUACUAUCUGUUGACCGCUUACAUGAGUGAUUUACAUUUAAUUACUUCUAGAUUAAAGAAUCAAUGAUGAACCAGUGUGAAAUAUGGACUAUUUGGAUGUAUAUAUAGAAAACCAAUUCAUUUCAUCGUGACCAGUUUAAUGAAGACUCAGUAUCCACUUUUUGUUUUCAAAUUAAAAAAUUCUAGAAGGAAUGUCAGAAAUCAUUAUUAUAAUUGCAAUAAGAAUUGAAACCAGGAAUUUCAGGUCAAUCUAAAAUAUUAUGGAUAAUUUUAUUAUUUUGUUACAUUUUUGAAGCCUAGCUGUUUAUAUUCGAAGUAGGUUGAUAAAGUCUUCUUAUUCCAUGUAUUCGGGACACUGUAACAUUCAUUUUAUCGAAUAUACAUAUUGUAUAUUUGUCCAAGUAUAUGAAUAGCAAUUGUAAUGUCUCAUAUUUUAUUUGUAUUUUAAAGUACAUUCCUGGAUGAAUGUACAAUGAAUUGUGCUUGUUCUAAUAUGUAUGUUAUACCUUGUAAUAAUGACUCUACAAAUGUCUGUGAUAUGCUUUAUAACUUUACAGGGACAAAUCAUUGUAUAAAUAACUAUAUAUACUUCUAAUUAUUGGAGAGUUGUUUGAUUUCAAGUCAGUGUGAAAAAUCAAAACUCUUCUUUAUCUAUGACCACUUUUUAAUUACAUUGUAUAAUGCAUAGAGUCAUAUUUGUUAGAUUUUGUAAUACAUGCAUGUUGCAGUAAUGUUUUUUGUCUUUGAUAAACCGUUUCUAAAAUACAUUAGUAUUAGAUAUGUAUGCAUCUUAAUGUUGAAUUCCUUCUACAUUCCUGUUAUGAAAUAAAGUCCAGGUUAAAGUACAGUAAGAAUUAAUAC